CAUAGUCUUUCUUAACCCGUAAAUUAAUCUUGCAAUCUUUAUAAUACAAAUGAAGGAUGUGGCUCAAAUUCGUUUCUACAAAGCAAGCUGUGUUGAUCGGCUAAUCCAAUGUUAAUUGCACUGUUAAAAGCACAAAUCCUCAAAAGCAGUGACGACAAGCACUUCUCGUGUCAAUAUUGAUAUCUGUACUUUGUCUAUCGCGAAACACAUUUGCUGUUGUGUUUUUCAAACACUUUCAUAUUACGCUGGCCUGUAAUAUUAAAGCUUUGGUUGCUGAGCAUUGCGGCCGACACUAAACCACAAAAAACACCUGAGCAGAUGCUCAUCUUUUUUUGUCUAAGGACCAAUGAACGCUUGAUCUGUCUUCAAGCCCGGCUACCUUAGUAACGGCAUAAAUUAUUCACAGUAAACCUCAGGCACUAUCACUGCGCAACGUAGCGCAUCUUCGUCUAUCUCUGCAAGAUAUUAUCCUGGUUUUAUGGUUAUCUUGGCCAUGAGGUCCUUGGCCAGCCUUCUACACGGGGUCAUGCUAUGUGUGGUGUUGUGCUGGGUAGCUCUGGUCUCCAGUCACAGUCUCCGCACAGUGGACCAAGUGUCAGAGGCAGACAUUCAGCGUCUCCUCCAUGGAGUAAUGGAACAGCUGGGCAUUGCUAGACCCAGAGUAGAGUACCCUGCACACCAGGCCACCAACAUCGUGGGACCACAGAGCAUUGAAGGCGGUGCUCAUGAGGGGCUGCAGCAUUUGGGUCCCUAUGGCAAUAUUCCAAACAUUGUGGCUGAACUGACAGGAGACAAUAUCCCAAAGGAUUUCAGUGAAGACCAAGGCUAUCCAGACCCUCCCAAUCCCUGCCCAUUGGGAAAGACAGUUGGUAAAACAGCUGCGGAUGGGUGCCUUGAGAACUCACCUGACACGGCGGAGUUCAGCAGGGAGUUUCAGCAGCAUCAGCACCUGUUUGACCCAGAACAUGACUACCCAGCUUUGGGCAAGUGGAAUAAGCAACUGCUUUAUGAAAAAAUGAAGAGUGGUCCAAAAAGAAAUAAGAGGAGUGUCAAUCCUUAUUUGAUGGGGCAAAGACUGGAUAAUGUGGUGGCCAAGAAAUCUGUCCCUCAUUUCUCAGAAGAAGAUACCAGUAAUAACCAAGUGAACCACACCUCUGCUGCAUAAAACAUGCUACCCUGUUACUGUUUCAAUACUAGAAUUAUCUUCUUAUGAUAAAACCAUCAUUAUAAAAGCAGUGUGCCACUUGCUGUGUUUUGCAAAUAUGAAAUGCCAGUAUUUUGCUUUUGUAUUUCUCCGGUGAUACUCACUGAUCUCUUGUUUGAAAUUGAUCUUCAAAAUAUAUGAUCUGAUGACAAAUAGGUUUAUGUAAUCAUUGUAAGCUAUAAUAACUAAAAUGGUAAAUAAAACAUUUGGUUUACGUGCAUGUUUGCCAUGAGGAUAUUUAUGAUAGUUUUAUGUUAAUUCUUAGAAGAAGUAACUAAUGCUUUACAAUUGCUUUGAGGCAAGGGGUGUCAUGUUGUGAUCACAGCACAUGUAUGAUUUUUAAACAGCAAUGCUUCUUAGCACUCUACAUUACCAGGUGGUUCAGUAUGCUUAGCAAUAGUGCUGUGCAGGGCAACCAGUUCUUAGAGAAAGGGCAGUGACUGAGAGACAUAUGUGGAGCACAUGGGGAUAUUAAAAAUGUUGAGUGAGGCAAGAACAGCAGAAAUAAAUGCCUGACACUUUGAAAAGAAAAUGUAUUCAUAUUGCAGGAAAAAUGUGUGCUUUAGACAUUCGUUUCUUAACUUUCGUAAUGGCACAGAAAAAAAAAACAGUUGCAAAAGAGUGUCUUGAUGUUUUUAGUUCUGUAGCAAAUACGGCAGGUGUUUAAAAUCAUCAAUGUAAAACAAUCUGUUCACUGUAUAUUGCCAGAAAUUGAUGUUCGUUAAUUAUAUUUCAGGAUUGAAAUCAAUAAAAAAUAUUAAUUCA